AUGUUGCCGGUGUACCCGGAGGUGAAGCCUAAUCCGCUGCAGGACGCGAACCUAUGCUCGCGCGUGUUCUUCUGGUGGCUAAACCCCUUGUUUAAAAUUGGUCAUAAACGGAGAUUAGAAGAAGAUGACAUGUAUUCAGUGCUUCCUGAAGAUCGCUCAAAACAUCUUGGAGAAGAGUUGCAAGGGUACUGGGAUAAAGAAGUUUUAAGAGCUGAGAAAGAGGCACGGAAGCCUUCUUUAACAAAAGCAAUCAUAAAGUGUUACUGGAAAUCUUACUUAGUUUUGGGAAUUUUUACAUUAAUUGAGGAAGGCACUAAAGUAAUUCAGCCUAUAUUUUUGGGAAAAAUUAUUAAUUAUUUUGAAAAUUACAAUCCUACUGAUUCGGCGGCUUUGCACACAGCAUACGUCUAUGCCACAGUGCUGACUAUAUGCACACUCAUUUUGGCCAUACUGCACCACUUAUACUUUUAUCAUGUUCAGUGUGCUGGAAUGAGGUUAAGAGUAGCCAUGUGCCAUAUGAUUUAUCAGAAGGCACUUCAUCUCAGUAACACAGCCAUGGGGAAGACCACCACAGGCCAGAUAGUCAAUUUGCUGUCCAAUGAUGUGAAUAAGUUUGAUCAGGUAACGAUAUUUUUACACUUUCUGUGGGCAGGACCACUGCAGGCUAUUGCAGUGACUGUUCUUCUCUGGAUGGAGAUAGGAAUAUCAUGUCUCGCUGGAAUGGCAGUUCUAAUUAUUCUUCUGCCUUUGCAAAGCUGCAUUGGAAAGUUGUUCUCAUCACUCCGGAAGGAAAUUUUCACGAUUCUUAGAAGUUCCUACCUUAGAGGAAUGAAUUUGGCAUCGUUUUUUGUUGCAAGCAAAAUAAUUGUUUUUGUGACUUUCACCACCUAUGUGCUCCUUGGCAACGUGAUUACAGCCAGCCGUGUGUUUGUGGCUGUGAUGCUGUAUGGGGCUGUGCGGUUGACUGUCACCCUCUUCUUCCCAUCGGCCAUCGAGAAGGUGUCGGAGGCAGUCGUCAGCAUCCAGAGGAUCAAGAACUUUUUGUUACUUGACGAGAUAUCACAGCGCAAUACUCAGCUGCCAUCAGAUGGUAAAACGAUAGUGCAUGUGCAAGAUUUUACUGCUUUUUGGGAUAAGGCAUCAGAAACCCCAACCCUACAAGGCCUUUCCUUCACUGUCAGACCUCGUGAAUUGUUAGCUGUGAUUGGACCUGUGGGAGCAGGAAAGUCAUCGCUGUUAAGUGCUGUGCUGGGGGAACUGCCCGCCAGUCAUGGGCUGGUCAAUGUGCAAGGCAGAAUUGCCUAUGUGUCCCAACAGCCCUGGGUGUUCUCAGGAACUGUGAGGAGUAAUAUCCUAUUUGGCAAGAAAUACGAAAAGGAAAGAUAUGAAAAAGUUAUAAAGGCUUGUGCCUUAAAAAAGGAUUUACAGCUUUUGGAGGAUGGCGAUCUAACUGUGAUAGGAGAUCGGGGAGCCACACUGAGUGGAGGACAGAAAGCACGGAUCAACCUGGCAAGAGCAGUGUAUCAAGAUGCAGACAUCUACCUUCUGGACGACCCUCUCAGUGCGGUUGAUGCAGAAGUGAGCAGGCACUUAUUCGAACUGUGUAUUUGUCAAACCUUGCAUGAGAAGAUCACAAUCUUAGUGACUCAUCAGUUGCAAUACCUAAAAGCUGCAAGUCAGAUUCUGAUAUUGAAAGAUGGUGAAAUGGUACAGAAGGGGACUUAUACUGAAUUUCUGAAAUCUGGGGUAGACUUUGGUUCCCUCUUAAAGAAGGAAAAUGAGGAAACUGAGCAGUCUCCGGCUCCAGGAACUCCCACCCUGAGGCAUCGUACCUUCUCUGAGUCUUCGAUUUGGUCUCAGCAGUCUUCUAAAGUCUCACUGAAAGAGGGUGCUCAAGAGGGCCAACCUACUGAGGAUACACAGGUCACACUGUCAGAGGAGAGCCGUUCUGAAGGAAAAGUUGGUCUUAAGGCCUACAAGAAUUAUUUUGCAGCUGGUGCUCACUGGCUUAUCAUCAUUUUCCUUGUUCUACUAAAUGCUGCUGCUCUGGUUUCCUAUAUUCUUCAGGAUUGGUGGCUUUCAUAUUGGGCAAAUGAACAGAGUGCACUGAAUGUCACUGUAAAUGGAAAAGGAAAUGUAACUGAGACGCUAGAUCUUAACUGGUACUUAGGAAUUUAUUCAGGUUUGACUGUAGCCACCGUCCUUUUUGGCAUAGCAAGAUCUCUGUUGGUGUUCUACAUCCUUGUCAAUUCUUCUCAAACUCUGCACAACAAAAUGUUUGAGUCAAUUUUGAAAGCGCCAGUGUUGUUCUUUGACAGAAACCCAAUAGGAAGAAUUUUAAAUCGUUUCUCCAAAGACAUUGGACAUAUGGAUGACUUGCUGCCCCUGACAUUUCUAGAUUUCAUCCAGACAUUUCUACAAGUGGUUGGUGUGGUGGCUGUGGCAGUGGCAGUGAUUCCUUGGGUUGCAAUACCCUUAAUUCCUCUUGCCAUCGUUUUCUUUAUUCUUCGACGCUAUUUCUUAGAAACAUCAAGAGACGUCAAACGCCUGGAAUCUACGACACGAAGUCCAGUGUUUUCCCACUUAUCAUCUUCUCUUCAGGGACUGUGGACCAUCCGAGCAUACAAAGCUGAAGAGAGAUUUCAGGAACUAUUUGAUGCACACCAGGAUCUGCAUUCAGAGGCUUGGUUCUUGUUUUUGACGACGUCCCGAUGGUUUGCCGUGCGUCUGGAUGCCAUCUGUGCCAUCUUUGUCAUUGUCAUUGCUUUUGGGUCCCUGAUUCUGGCAACAACUUUGGAUGCUGGGCAGGUUGGCCUGGCUUUGUCCUAUGCCCUCACGCUCAUGGGGAUGUUCCAGUGGUGCGUUAGACAAAGCGCCGAAGUUGAGAAUAUGAUGAUUUCAGUAGAAAGAGUGAUUGAAUAUACAAACCUUGAAAAAGAAGCACCUUGGGAAUACCAGAAACGCCCACCACCAGCAUGGCCCCACCAAGGCACGAUUGUCUUUGAUAAUGUUAACUUCACAUACAGUUUAGAUGGACCUCUUGUAUUGAAGCACCUGACAGCAGUCGUAAAAUCAAGAGAAAAGGUUGGAAUUGUGGGAAGAACAGGAGCUGGGAAAAGUUCCCUCAUUUCAGCCCUUUUUAGACUGUCAGAACCUGAAGGCAAAAUUUGGAUUGAUAAGAUCUUGACAACUGAAAUUGGACUUCAUGAUUUAAGGAAGAAAAUGUCAAUCAUACCUCAGGAGCCUGUUUUAUUCACUGGGACAAUGAGAAAAAAUCUGGAUCCAUUUAAUGAACACACGGAUGAAGAACUGUGGAAUGCUUUAAAAGAGGUACAGCUUAAAGAAGCCAUAGAAGAUCUUCCUGGUAAAAUGGAUACUGAAUUAGCAGAAUCAGGAUCAAAUUUUAGCGUUGGACAGAGACAGUUGGUGUGCCUUGCCCGGGCUAUCCUUAGGAAAAACCGGAUAUUGAUUAUUGAUGAAGCUACAGCAAAUGUGGAUCCAAGAACUGAUGAGUUAAUACAAAAAAAAAUCCGUGAGAAGUUUGCCCACUGCACUGUGCUCACCAUUGCACACAGGCUGAACACCAUUAUCGACAGCGACAAGAUAAUGGUUUUGGACUCAGGAAGACUGAAAGAAUAUGAUGAGCCAUACAUUUUGCUACAAAAUAAAGAGAGCCUAUUUUACAAGAUGGUGCAACAACUGGGCAAGGCAGAAGCUGCUGGCCUAACUGAAACAGCAAAACAGGUGUACUUCAAAAGGAAUUAUCCAGAUAUUACUCACAACGGCCAUGUGCUGAUGAGCACUUCCAAUGGACAGCCCUCAGCCUUAACUAUUUUUGAGACAGCACUGUGA